CUCCCCGCGCCGGCGCUGCCCGCCCUGGGCCUGCUGUCACAGGUGCGCCAGAACUACCACCUCAGCUGCGAGGUCGCCGUCAACAUCAACGUCAACCUGGAGGUCCAUGCCUCCUAUGUGUACCUGUCCAUGGCCUUCUACUUCAACCGGGACGACGUGGCCCUGGAGAGCUUCAGCCGCUAUUUCUUGCGCCAGUGGCACGAGAAGAGGGAGCACGCCCAGGAGCUGCUGAGGCUGCAGAACCUGCGCGGUGGCCGCAUCUACCUUCGCGACAUCAGGAAGCCAGAGUGCCAAGGCUGGGAGAGCGGGCUCAAGGCCAUGGAGUGCGCCUUCCACCUGGAGAAGAACGUCAACCAGAGCCUCCUGGAGCUGCACCAGCUGGCCAAGGAGAACGGCGACCCCCAGCUCUGCGACUUCCUGGAGAACCACCUCCUGAACCAGCAGGCCAAGACCAUCAAAGAGCUGGGUGGCUACCUGAGCAAUCUGCGCAAGAUGGGGGCCCCGGAAGCAGGCCUGGCAGAGAACCUCUUUGACAAGCUCACCCUCGGCCGCAGCCAGAAACACACCUGA